AGCCAGAAGGUCGACAACGCGGUCGUCGCCCAGUUGAAAGAAUCGCCCUAUCCCAAGAGAAUCACUAACAGCGACACCUUUUUUUUACGUUUUUUUUUAUCAGAAUCCAAACAUUGUUCUUUGGUGUUGAGCUGGGUGAUAGCCAGCCGGAAAAAGAAGUGAGACAGAAGUUAAACAGAAGUGAGACAGAAGUGACACAGUAGUGAGAUAGAACUUCGAUAUAUAGCGCGAAACAGAAAACCCGAUCCACAACACACAGCAGAGAGACUGAUUAGUCGAGGAGCGAGAGUAAUCUCGCUGGCACUGGAACGACACACACCCUCGCAACUGGACAAGCUGGAGAACCUAAGCACCAUGGAGGGCGGCGAGUCCACGGAGUCCACACACAACACCAAGGUGUCCGACUCAGCCUACUCGAACAGCUGCAGCAACAGCCAGUCGCAGCGCAGUGGCAGCUCCAAGUCCCGGCUGAGCGGCAGCCACUCCUCCGGCAGCAGCGGCUAUGGCGGCAAGCCCUCGACGCAGGCCAGCAGCAGCGACAUGAUCAUCAAGCGCAACAAGGACAAGUCGCGCAAGAAGAAGAAGAACAAGGGCGCGGGCCAGGGGGCGGGGCAGGCGGGCCAGUCGCUGAUCUAGGCGUCGACGAGCCUGGAGGGAGGAGCCGAGGAGAAGCCCCGGCCCAGCGGCAGUGGGUGCGGCGUGGAGCAGCAGAGCUGCCGGGAGCUGCUGCAGGACCAGCAGCACGGCGAGGAUCUCAGCGAGCCCAAGGCCGCGGAGCAGCUGCAGCAGGAGGAGGGUGACCAGUCCGGGUCCGAGUCGGAGGCCGAGCGUGUCGAGGGCGUGGCCAAGUCGGAGGCGGCACAGAGCUUUCCCAUUCCCUCGCCGCUGUCCGUGACCGUAGUGCCGCCCUCGAAGGGCGGCUGCGCGGGAGUGGGUCACGCCGCCGGCGUGGACAGCGGCCAGGCCAAGUCGGACAAGACGUGGGAGGCAGGAGGUCCGGGCAAGCCGGAGCCCGUGCCGGGUGUGAGCACAGCAGCGGCGGCCACCGGACAGCGCGUGGAGCGGCUGAAGGAGGACAGCUUCUGCUGCGUCAUCUCCAUGCACGACGGCAUCGUGCUGUACACCACGCCCAGCAUCACCGACGUGCUGGGCUAUCCGCGCGACAUGUGGCUGGGCAGGUCGUUCAUCGACUUCGUGCACCUCAAGGACCGCGCCACCUUCGCCAGCCAGAUCACCACGGGCAUACCCAUCGCGGAGUCCCGGGGCAGUGUGCCCAAGGACACCAAGAGCACCUUCUGCGUGAUGCUGCGCCGCUAUCGCGGACUCAAGUCCGGCGGCUUCGGCGUCAUCGGCCGGCCCGUCAGCUACGAACCCUUCCGCCUGGGGCUCACCUUCAGGGAGGCUCCGGAGGAGGCGCGGCCGGACAACUACAUGGUCUCCAAUGGCACCAACAUGCUGCUCGUCAUCUGCGCCACUCCCAUCAAGAGCAGCUACAAGAUUCCCGACGAGAUCCUCUCGCAGAAGAGCCCCAAGUUCGCCAUCCGCCACACGGCCACCGGGAUCAUAUCGCACGUGGACAGCGCGGCGGUCAGUGCGCUGGGCUACCUGCCGCAGGACCUGAUUGGGCGCAGCAUCAUGGACUUCUACCACCAGGAGGACCUGUCCGUCAUGAAGGAGACGUACGAGAUGGUCAUGAAGAAGGGCCAGACGGCGGGCGCCUCGUUCUGCAGCAAGCCGUACCGCUUCCUCAUCCAGAACGGCUGCUACGUGCUCCUGGAGACGGAGUGGACAAGCUUCGUCAAUCCGUGGUCCCGCAAGCUGGAGUUCGUCGUCGGGCACCAUCGCGUCUUUCAGGGACCCAAGUCGUGUAACGUCUUCGAGGCGGCGCCCACGUGCAAGCUCAAGAUGUCCGAGGAGGCACAGAGCCGGAACACGCGGAUCAAGGAGGACAUCCUGAAGCGCCUGGCGGAGACGGUGUCCCGGCCAUCGGACACGGUCAAGCAGGAGGUAUCACGCCGCUGCCAGGCGCUGGCCAGCUUCAUGGAGACCCUCAUGGACGAGGUGUCCCGGGCGGACCUGAAGCUGGAGCUACCGCACGAGAACGAGUUGACCGUCUCGGAGCGGGACAGCGUGAUGCUCGGCGAGAUCUCGCCGCACCACGACUACUAUGACAGUAAGAGUUCCACCGAGACGCCGCCCAGCUACAACCAGCUAAACUAUAACGAGAACCUGCUGCGUUUUUUCAACAGCAAGCCGGUCACGGCGCCGGCCGAGCUCGAUCCGCCCAAGACGGAGCCGCAAGAGCCGCGCGGCACCUGUGUCAGUGGCGCCAGUGGUCCGAUGAGUCCCGUCCACGAGGGCAGCGGGGGCAGCGGCUCCUCGGGCAACUUCACCACCGCCAGUAACAUACACAUGAGCAGUGUGACGAACACGAGCAUUGCGGGCACCGGUGGCACGGGCACGGGCACUGGCACGGGAACAGGCACAGGCACGGGCACUGGAACGGGCACGGGUACCGGCACUGGCAAUGGCACGAAUUCCGGCACCGGAACCGGCACCGCCAGCUCCAACUACAGAUGCGGAGGCGUAGCCAUACAGCCAGUCACGCUGACCGAGUCCCUGCUGAACAAGCACAACGACGAGAUGGAGAAGUUCAUGCUGAAGAAGCACCGCGAGUCGCGCGGACGGACGGGCGAGAAGAGCAAGAAGUCCGCCACCGACACGCUCAAGAUGCUGGAGUACAGUGGUCCGGGCCACGGCAUAAAGCGAGGCGGCUCCCACUCCUGGGAGGGAGAGGCCAACAAGCCCAAGCAGCAGCUGACCCUGGGCACGGAUGCGCUCAAGGGCGUGGUUGGCGGUGCAGGAGGAAUGGUGGGCACGGGCGGCGGAGCCGGUGUGGCGGGCGGAGGUGGACCCGGCAUAGGAUUAGCGGGCGAUGGCAGAUUGACCAUGACCUCAGGAGCGGGAGGAGUUGGUGGGGGACCAGGAGGGGCGGCAGCAGCGGCGGGAGUGAUGUCCUCGGUGGGUAGCUCCAUGCCGGGACCCUCGUCCUACCCCACCUGCACGCAGAACAUCAACCUCUGGCCACCGUUCUCGGUGGGCAUCACGCCGCCCGUCCACUCCACGCACACGGCCAUGGCCCAGAGCAGCUUCUCCUCCGCCGGCCUCUUCCCGACCUUCUACUACAUCCCCGCCUCCCUGACGCCCACCAGUCCCACGCGCUCCCCCCGGCUGCACAAGCAUCCGCACAAGGGUGGCGCCGAAAUGCCCACCACCUCGCAGCAGGCGGCUGCCGCGGCCGCCCAGGCCGCCCAGGCCAUGCCGCUGCAGUACAUGGCCGGCGUGAUGUACCCGCAUCCGUCGCUCUUCUACACGCACCCGGCGGCGGCCGCUGCCACGGCCAUGAUGUACCAGCCGAUGCCCUUUACCGGGAUGACCAACGCUCUCCAGAUUCCCGAGCGUCCCUUGGGCUCCCAGUCGGCGUACAACAAGUCCAUGUACACGACCACGCCGGCGUCCAUGGUGAAGAAGGUGCCGGGGGCAUUCCACUCGGUCACCACGCCCUCGCUGGUGCAGCGUCCCUCCUCGCAGAGCGCCUCCAAUGCGGAGCCGGGCUCCAGUGCGGCGGUAUCCGAUCCGUGCAAGAAGGAGGCGCUCGACGCCUCGCCCAUGCCAUCCGUGAUGGGCGACUACAACUCCGAUCUGCCGUGCAGCAGCGGCAAUCCCGCCAACAACAAGGUAGUGUAUGCGAACGAGGUGCACUGGUCAGUGGGAGCCGCGUGUGCUCAUCCACAGAAGUACACGGACAGCAAUGGUAACAGCGACGACAUGGACGGCUCCAGCUUCUCCUCCUUCUACUCGUCCUUCAUCAAGACCACGGACGGAUCGGAGAGUCCGCCGGACGUCGAAAAGGAUCCCAAGCAGCGAAAGCUGAAGAGCAUGAGCCCCUCGGACAGCAAGAUCAUGGAGCACCCGGAGGAGGACCAGACACAGCACGGGGAUGGGUAGACAGCACCCACAGUUGCUGCUGACCGACGUGCACCAGGUUCGAGUGCACAGUGUCGAUCCCUAUGACGAUCCGAGCAGCAGACACCGAGGAGCAGCAGGGUCCUGGACACGAUUCUCCGAAUCAGCACGCACGCAUCCGUGGGAUGUCACUAUUCAGAAUCCGAUCGCGUGACGAAAGCAGCAGACGAACUGGACAGGUAGACAAACUUGGAGGAUCACCAGAACCCAUGCAGGCAGGGCACUAUGUAGAUCUC